GUAAAUGUUGGGGUGUGACAAAGACUAGAGACUAGAGCCAGAUGAGGAUUUGAGAAGUUGAUGUUUACUUUUAGCUUUGUUCAGAUUUGCCCGUUUUCAGCAGCAGUUUCAAAUUGUGAGAUUUGCAGAGGAAAGAGGUGUCAAUGGGAUUUUGAGGUUCUAUGUACGUCCUCAUCACAGGAAGUAGAUUCUUUAUUUUAACAUGCAUCAGUUCAGUGUCUCUGACAGUUGACAGCUGAGAAAGGGACAGAGAGAGAGAAGCACGAUGGCUGAAUUCAAAUGGAUUAAAAUGUCUUUAUUUGGGAUACUGCUUCAGUUUACAGGUAAGAAUACACAUAACAUACACAAAUACCAGAAACAUUACAAAAUGCAACUAUAAAUAUUAGAAAUGGUAAGUUAUUAUACGAAGUACAUUUUAUUUAACUAAGAAAGACAAGUCUACAGUUUGUUUUAAACAUGAAAUUUGGAAACCGAAUGAAACACAUUUACAAACUUCUGAUGUAUCUAAAACUGUCCUCACACUAACUGUCAGCAUGAGAGCAUAUUCAUAUUUCAGUUUACUUUUCAUGUUUCUCAUCUCUUUCACAGCAGUUACUGGAAAACACCUCUCCUUCACUGUCAGAGAUGGCGAUGAUGUCACUUUGACUUGUGAAAAUGUGGUAGAUGGUCAGGUUAACUGUGACUGGACUAACUGGGUCUUCACUGAUUCAAGAAGUGAGGAUGUAGAUCUGGUUAUUCGUGGGAAGAUUGUUGAAAGAGACAAAGCUAAAUCAGACAGACUGAAUGUUACAAAGAACUGCUCUCUGGUUACAAAGAAUGUCACAGUUCAGGAUGUUGGUCUUUACCACUGUCAACAGCUCAAACCAGGACAAGAAGCUGCAGACUCUCAGAUUGAACUAUCUGGUCUUAACAUGGAGGAAUAUGAAGAAGGUGGGCGGGUGGAGCUGUCCUGUUCUGUGUCGACACGUGAAGUGUGUAGACACACAGUGAAGUGGCUGUAUGAGGGGAAAGAUGAAGAUGGAGAUAUAAGAUACACGGAUAUGCAGACUUCACAGUCUAAGUGCUCAGUUACUGGGAAUUUUUUUAUUUCUAAUCUCAAGCAGAAGUAUCAAGAGUUGUUCAAGUGUGAACUGACAGAUGGUUACACUGGAAAAGUGCAGCUGUUUCCCUUCAUCCCUCAGUCCUCAGGGGAGGAUGAAACAACAUCAACCACGAUGAGAACAAUUGAAAACGGCAAAAAACCCAGAAUCACCUCAACAACGCCUGCUGUCAGUGUUACUUCAACAUCACCACAAGAUUGGCGGCCGUAAUCAUCACUGUGGCUGUCAUCAGACGGAAGAUGACUAAAGGGGAGAAACGACAGACGGAUGACAAUGUGGGACAGAGCUUAAACUCGGCGGUGACUCAGCCCGGUCCAGAAACCAGUCAGGACACGGCUGAUCCUGAAGGUGGUGUUUCCUACGCCUCCAUCAGCUACACCAAGAAGACCAACAGCAGAGCCCAGGUACGGGUUAGAAAUGAUGAUGAUGAGGAUGAUGAAGGUGAUUCAGUGACCUACAGCUCUGUGAACGCUUCCUCCUCUCCUGCCGGAGCCUCUGCUGGUCCCAGCAACCUCUACGCCGCCGUUAUCAGAGCAAACAAAUAAGAGACCACAGCACCAGAGAGACAUUUUAAAGCUUUGGAUAUUCACUGGUGUUUUGGAGUAAAUAUUGGAAUCUUCACCUGUCAGCUUAACUCAUAAUGAACAGAUCCCUAAAAACUUCACCAACCAGGGAAAUCCUCAAAGAUCAGCAAUCUCCAAAGUUCAUUUUCAUAAACCUAUUUCUUUUCAGUAACAAUCCUUCAAGCUGGAAUCUCUGACUGUUGACCACGAUUAGAACUAAACUCUGAUCGUUCUAACUGCUGAACAUGAUUCUGUUGUCCUCUGUUCUCUGUUGUGUUGUUGUUGUUUUUAAUUCGUGCUUUGUACUUUUUGUGAAAAUAUUUUAUUAACAGAAGGUAAUGCUUACACCAGCUCACUUAAUAAAUACAAAUAAACAUUGAGCCAAACAGCUAAAUCUCUCACUACAAUUACGCAGAUGCCCCAAAUUCCAUCCAGUUAAACACAACUAAAAGAGGGAAUAAUUGAUGUAAAGUCAAUUGUCACAGUUCGGCCCAGAAUCCCCUCUUCUUACCUGUCAUGCCUCUGCUGUUCUUGGACUCCGAUCCAGGUUUUCCCUCUAUCCUCCCGGUUGACCACAAGGGAGUUGCCGAUCAUCAGCACUUGCACCACCACGCCACACCUGUUGCCACUCUCCCACACCUGUUGCCUCUCCUCGUCAGCCAUAGUUGUUUUAAGCAGUGCCAGCAAAGAACAUUCUUUGCCAGGUUGUCACGUCUUUCAGUGUGGUUUCUAGUGUUUGCGCUUGUUCUAUUGGAUUUACCGUUUUUUGACUUAAGUAGUUAAUUGGACUUUCCUUCCUUUUUCCCUGCCUACCUGUGUACCAAACUCUGCCUGUUUUUGCCACCUUGGUUAUCUGACUAAACCCUGCCUGUACUACUGCCUGUGUUUUGGCCUGCCAAACUGUGUACCAAACUCUGCCUAUUUUUGCCUAUUUGGAUAUUGGACUGAGCCCUGCCUGAUAACUCUGACGUGUUUUUUGACCUUUUUGAGUUUACGCUGCCUACCAUGUUACUGUGCCUUGCUGUCUAUUCCUGUGUGUUCUUAAUUAAAACCUACAUAAUCUA